AAGAGAAAUAUUUUUCCGAUCUUUGAAUUUUGUUUUAAAUCUUGAAGUUAAUAGUAAUAAACAAUCAAAGACAAACAAAAUGUCAUUAAUUCCCUUGCUGGCCGAUAUUGUAAAUGAAAUCGAUAGUUAUCGUGGUUAUAGCACUUUGGACGAUGGCUUCGGAUUUGGAAUAUAUCCAUGUGACAUUUAUCGCCCAAGACUGGCUUCGGUGCAAUUGAGUCCGAUUCGUCGCUUUUCACCAUACCAGAGGUCACUCCAAACGUUACGACCAAAAAGUGGCAAAAGUCAUUCCAAGGAGGAUUAUACAUUUGGAAAGGACGGAUUCCAAGUGUGCAUGGAUGUGAGUCAUUUCAAACCAAAUGAAUUAACAGUGAAAACUGUUGGCAACAGCGUUGUAGUAGAAGGCAAGCACGAGGAGCGUGAGGACGACCAUGGCUACAUAAGUCGUCAGUUUGUUCGAAAAUACCAACUGCCAAAAGGGUAUGAUGCCAAAGACGUCAUCUCAACUGUAUCCACAGACGGUGUUCUAACAGUCAAAGCUCCACCACCACCAAAUAAGGCAUUGAAGAACGACGAAAGAAUUGUGCAGAUUCAACAAACUGGUCCAGCACACCUGAGCAUAAAUGGAUGUGAAAACAAAGAAGAGUCAAAUCAAACACAAAACAAUGAUAAGGAGAACAAGACUGACAAAAUGGAACAAUCGUAGUUCCGCAAAACUUAUUUUAAUUUAAUUUGGUUCACUUUUUCAACAAACAUUUUUUUUACUUUUCGUUCUUUGUUUUGAAAACAACUUUUUCUAUUGUAAUGUUACUGUGUAACGAUUAAUUUAUUUUCCACUGUCUUUAAUAAAGUAAACAACAUUUUGUAAAUCGUA